CUCGAGCGCAAGAAGACCUUCUCCGCCUGCCUCAAGCCAUGAUCGCCCGCGGCGCCAAGACCCUGAGCCGCGUGGCGUCCCCGCGCGCCGCCGCCUUCUCCACGGGCGCCGACAUCAAGCUGGCCAACCUGCAGGUCGAGCGCACGACCACCCCAAAGGCCAAGCUGCCCAAGGAGCAGCUCAAGUUCGGCAAAACUUUCACGGACCACAUGCUCGAGGUGGACUGGGAGCUGGGCAAGGGCUGGGGCAACCCGGCGAUCCACCCGUACGGCCCCAUCGCCAUGGACCCGGCCAGCGCCGUGCUGCACUACGCGCUCGAGUGCUUCGAAGGCAUGAAGGCGUACGUGGACGCCGAGGGCCACAUCCGCCUCUUCCGCCCGGACAUGAACAUGAAGCGCCUCAACAACUCGAUGAAGCGCCUGCUGCUCCCGGAGUUCGACGGCGAUGAGCUCACCAAGUGCCUCGCGGAGCUCAUCCGCAUCGACCGCGACUGGGUGCCUAAGGGCGAGGGCUACUCGCUGUACAUCCGCCCCACGGGCAUCUCCACGCAGGCCUCCAUCGGCGUCGGCGCCAGCGAGAAGGCCAAGCUCUUCAUCAUCCUGUCCCCCGUUGGCCCGUACUACCCGGAGGGCUUCAACCCCGUGAAGCUGUGCGCGAACGACCGCUACAUCCGCGCGUGGCCCGGCGGCACCGGCGGCUACAAGGUCGGCGCCAACUACGCGCCCGGCAUCCUGCCCCAGUACGACGCCCACGAGCAGGGCUACUCUCAGAACCUGUGGAUCUUCGGCGAGGACCACGAGAUCACCGAGGUGGGCACCAUGAACCUCUUCAUUCACUGGAUCAACGAGCAGGGCGAGAAGGAGCUCAUCACGCCGCCGCUCACGCGCGGAGACAUCCUGCCCGGCAUCACGCGCGACUCGAUCCUGCACCUCACGCGCGAGUGGAACGAGUUCAAGGUCACGGAGGGCAACAUCAACAUGAAGCAGCUGCAGAAGGCCAGCAAGGAGGGCCGCAUCAUCGAGGUCUUCGGCUCGGGCACCGCCGCCGUCGUCUCGCCCGUGUCCACCAUCAACUACAUGGACGAGGACCUGGCCAUCCCGCUCGACGGCACGGACGGCAAGUCCGGCAAGCUGGCCGAGCGCAUCUGGAAGGAGCUGUCCGACAUCCAGUACGGCCGCCGCGAGCACCCGUGGUCCAUCGUUGUCGACUAAGCCUAGAAGCGUCCCAAGGUAUCCGUCCUCGCUCGACCGCUCGAUGAUAACUGCACCCGUUCUGUGCAAUGGUUUAUAGGAAUUGUCGAGAACGUGCGAAUGUGAACCGGUACGCAUUGUGCGAGUAAGUAAAUGAAUGCGAUUCUUCUGCAUAGAU